CCGUUCAUGGCUCCGAAGUCUGAGACGUCUUCUCUUUUCCCUAGGGUUUUAAGAGCGUCUCCAUAAUCUCAAAAAAAAAUUGUAGGGUUUUACUAAUCAUUAAUCGCCAUGGAUCCUUCAGCUCUUAACAGCCCUGAACUACUCCAGUUCAUUAAUCAAGAGAAGGAAAGAGCAAUGCUCAACGAGAUGGUGGCGAAGCUUACAAAUGUAUGCUGGGACAAGUGCGUCACCGGUUCACCAGGGAGCAAAUUCAGCUCCAGUGAACAAGCCUGCCUAUCAAACUGUGCUCGGCGCUAUAUGGAUUUGAGUGUCAUCAUCAUGAAACGUUUCCAGAACAUGCAAUGAAGUUCUAGGAAGAGUUUCGAUAUGUUAUUUUCAAUUGGAAGAUCCUCCUUCUCUUGGGCCUUGUCAUAGCCAAAUGAGUUGGAAAUAUUUGAAACUUUUGAAGUUUCAUAAUUUUUUUUCCUAGAAACCAUCUAAUAUUAGACCUCUUCAAAUUUGGCAGCACCUUAUAUAAAAUUUAGACUUUCCAUAUUCAAAUAAAGUCUCUACUUUUAUGUUUA